AUGUUGACUGACUGUCUUCUGAUCUGCAUCGUUGUGGGUACGGUGUUAUCUGGUCCGGUCUAUGUAGAGGAACUGGAAGAUCUUGUCCCAGAAGGACCUGAUCGUUUCGAGUUGAAAAUGCUGGAUAGCGAUAAGCUCAUGAUUAGGUCUCAGAAGCAGCAACGCCUCUACCAGAUUCUUGCUCGACAGCCAACUUACAUUCAGGCACCUUUCACAUCACGUGUUCAACUGGGAAGUGAAGAUUUGGAGUGCUCUGAGACCAAGGCGGGAACUACGCAACAUGAACUAUCCUGUUCACUUUUCGUUAACGAUUCUGUCAGUUCAGGUAUGUUAUCUCUUAUACUGAUCUGCGUAGUCAUUGGUUCAGUGUUACCUGGUCCUGUGUACGUUGAUGAGCUUGAAGAUCUUGUGCGAGAAAGGUCCCCUGAUUAUUAUGAACUGAAGAGUUUGGAAGAUGACAAGUAUAUGAUCAGGUAA